UGCCCACUCUUCCGUUUCGGCAGCUCCGCCGUCCCUUUCAUGCGGUCUGCAUCCAUGCAGCUUUCGACCUCACCUGGCCCGUAGAGAAUAGCUGUCGAUCCUUCCGUCUGCAGUGCUCCAUUCGGCAGUAGAGACUUGUGGUGUUGCGUGAUAUAAGAUAUUGUAAGAGCGGGAGAAGAAGACAGUGUGGUGUGUCGUUUCUGGUCUGCUUCUGCCGUCCAGUGUCGCACGCAGUCAUGGCGUACCACUGGCAGAGUCGAAGUAAGAAGGCCAGUGGGGUGGAGGACAUGGUUCUUCUGGUCAAGAUCCAGGAAUCUGCCAUCGUCGAGAAUCUCAAGAAAAGAUACCUCGAUGACCUCAUAUUUACCUACAUUGGUCCUGUGUUGAUCUCUGUCAACCCAUUCAAACAGAUGCCCUACUUCACUGACAAGGAGGUGGAGAUAUACCAGUGUGCGGCGUCCUACGAGAAUCCUCCCCAUAUAUGGGCGCUCUCUGACAACAUGUACAGGAACAUGUUGAUAGAGAAUGAGAACCAGUGUGUCAUCAUCAGUGGGGAGAGUGGUGCAGGGAAGACGGUGGCUGCCAAGUUCAUCAUGCAGUACAUUGCCAAGGUGUCCGGAGGCGGUCCUAAUGUCAGCUCUUUUCAUAUCGUCCACGGGAUAAUUAAUUCCUUUUGCCUCCUCCUCCUCCACCACUCCUCCCUCUCCUCUCCUCCUCCUCCCACCCGCCCCUCUCAGCCUCUCUCCUCUCCCUCACCACAGAGAGUGAAGGCUGUGAUUCUGGAGUCCAACCCUCUACUGGAGUCCUUUGGCAAUGCCAAGACAGUCAGAAACAACAACUCCAGCAGAUUUCAUGCAAUGGAGGUCAUGGACAUCACUCCAGACACACAGACGGACAUCCUCAACAUUGUGGCUGGGAUUCUUCAUCUUGGCAACAUUUCCUUCACCGAGGAGGGAAACUACGCCAUCCCUGAGGAUGACGGAUUCCUCCAGUUCCCGGCCUAUCUCCUGGGAGUGGAGGCAGACAGCCUGAGAGACAAGCUAACGGGGAGGGUGGUAGAGAGCAAGUGGGGCAGCAAGUCGGAAAUCAUCCAGAUGAAGCUCAACGUGGAGCAGGCCACAUACACCAGAGACGCUCUCUCCAAGUCCCUCUAUGCCAGGCUCUUUGACUGGCUUGUACAGACCAUCAAUAAAGCCAUGCAGAAGCACAAAGAGGAACUGACAGUUGGAGUACUGGACAUCUAUGGCUUUGAGAUUUUCAUGAAAAACGGGUUUGAGCAGUUCUGUAUCAACUUUGUGAACGAGAAGCUGCAGCAGAUCUUCAUCCAGCUGACUCUCAAGGCAGAGCAGGAGGAGUAUGUGCAGGAGGGCAUCAAAUGGGUACCCAUAGACUACUUCAACAACAGGAUUGUCUGCGAACUCAUCGAGAGCAAGCGACCUCCAGGGAUAUUCGCAGUCCUGGAUGACAUAUGUUUCCAGAUGCACGGCCAGUCUGAGGGAGCUGAUGGGAAACUGCUAGAGAAACUAACACAGGUCCAGUUGCCCGGCAACGAACACUACGUGGGGUUUGCGGCUGGGUUCACCAUCCAACACUACGCCUGGGAAGUGCUUUCAUCCGUUCCCUGUUCCCUGAUGACAUUAAAGCUGACAAGAAAGGAAGACCUACCACUGUCGGCAGUAAAAUCAGAAGUGAAGCACCAGGUAGAGUAUCUGGGACUGAAGGAGAACAUCAGAGUCAGGAGAGCUGGCUUUGCCUACCGCAGAGAUUUCAACAAGUUCCUCAGACGGUACGCUCUACUGACUCCAGAGACGUACCCCCAUUGGAGGGGAACGGUGGUAGAGGGCAUCAAACACCUGAUGCAGGCCGUCAACAUGGAGCCCGACCAAUGGCAGCUCGGGAAGACCAAAGUCUUCAUCAAGAGCCCAGAGUCGUUGUUUCUACUGGAGGAGCUGAGAGAGAGGAAAUACGACGGCUUUGCCCGCAAGAUCCAGAAGGCCUGGCGGAGGUACAAAUCUGAUCAGUUCUUCUUCGAACUCAAACAGAAAGCGUCAGACAUCUUGCUCAACAAGAAGGAGAGGAAGAGGCUGAGCAUCAAUAGGAACUUUGUAGGAGACUAUCUCGGUUUUAUUGACAACCCCUCACUUCGCGCACUCGUUGGCAAACGGGAGAGGAUAGAGUUUUCACAGACGGUCACAAAGUACGACAGGAGGUUCAAGACACAAAAGAGAGAUUUGCUUCUCUCGCCAUCCCAUGUCUACCUCAUCGGGAGAGAAAAGAUCAAGAAGGGUCCAAUGAAGGGUCAGUUUGUGGAGGUGAUCAAGAGGAAGAUUCCACUGGAUCAAGUCCGUGGGGCCUCUCUCAGUCCCUACCAGGACGACUUUGUCGUGCUCCACGUGGUGAACGACUACGACUCGGUCAUGGAGACUCCGCUCAAGACAGAGUUCCUCACUCUCCUCGCCGAGAAGUUCAAGUCCCUCACUCAGGGAACUCUGCAAGUCUCCUUCGACAGACGUCUGACGUUCACGGUGAAGAAGGAGGGGUUUGGAGGUGGAGGUACGAGACAGCUCCAGUUCAGUAACAGCGGUCAGGGUGACGCCGCCUUCAUCAAACCUUCUGGAAAGACUCUCAACGUCGCUGUUGGCCCUGGGCUACCUCCCAGUACCAAGCCGUCCCACGAGAGACCAGGUAAGUCGAGAGGAGGAGGAGGAGGGAGGGGGAAAGGAAGAAGUCCAGCCAGAGCUGCUCCACACAACGCAUACUCUUCUCCUGCUAAGUCUGCUUACAAACAGCCGUCCCAGGGGGUACGGAGGACAUCGGGUAGGGGAAGUUUCACCAACCGAGGUCACCAGCCGAAGCUGAAUCCCAAGGGAGCUCGCAACAAGGCCCGCACUGGGAGCAGCAGUGACUACUCCAAGGCUGAUUUUAUGAAAACUCCUCAGGGAGGAGGGACUCGUCCUCCACCCAAAGCGCGAACCAAGAAGCCUCCACCGGCCCCCAAGCCCAACUUGCCUCUCUGCAAGGCCAUCUACGACUACGACGCCACAGACACUGACGAACUCACAUUCAAAGAAGGUGACAUCAUCGAAAUCACCAAAGAAGGCAUAACAGAACUUAGAGCAUUUGAGGUGGUGGACAGACUGCGCGCAGCAGGACUCUCUUCGGCCAAAUGGAGAGGGCUGGGGCAGCGACUCACACCAGCAGCAGACCUGAAGGCCAUUGGAGCAGACUUCUCGACUUCAGACGAGUGUUUGCAAGAAGUGGUUGAUGAGUUCUUACGCAAUGGAGAUGACCUCAGUUGGGAGGCACUGGCCAAGGCUGUGGCUGAAUGUAGUGGUGGCGGACGAAAUAUCGCAAGAAAACUUCUAACAUCUGUCGGAAAAGAUCCAGAUGAAUUGGAACUGUUGAGGGUUCCCUCAGAAAAUGAUGUGGAGUGUCAAGGUCCAAGAAACGAAAACCAGCAACAAAAUAGCACUAACUCUGGGGCUGGUGAUACCACAAUGGAUGCCAAGGAGGUUUUCGAAGAGAUAAAAGAAGCCAAAAAGAAGGCCUUUGCCCUGGGGUUAAAGCUGAACCUCCCAGCCACCACGAGGAAGAGGAUUAAUUCAGAAAUCCGGAGUCCAGAUGAUCGCCUCCUGAAAACACUGGAGGAGUAUAUGAAGUUGAUGAACCCCAAGCCGUCGUGGGAGGGCAUUGCUACUGCACUGAAUGACAAGUUUGUCGGUUUGCCUGAAUUAGCCAAUAGAAUCAGAGAGACCCACUGUUCAGAUAGGAAAGUGGUGCUAAACUACGAAAAUCUGAGGAGUAGCUUUGCACAGCUCAUACGACGCAUCUGUGUAGCAAUCGAAGGUAGAGGAAUAGAUGUGGACAGUGUCGUUGAUGCCAUUCGAGGGCUCGUUCGUGGAGAGCGUGAUAAGGCAUACUUCAUGGAGUUCACUGACCACCUGCGUGAGUCUCGAAGUGUCCCCGCACUCUUCGACCGCCUCUGCUGCAACUGGGAUUACCUGCAUCCCGAAAUUUAUCAUCCUCUCGUCAGAGAGCUCUCGCUAACCGGCGACGUAGAACAAGCCGCGAAAGACUAUCAUGAAAUGUUGGUUGCUUUCGUUGACCAAACACCGCUGGCAGCCUUCUGCAGAAUCCCCGACAUUGAGGUGGAGAAAGAGGGUGACCCUCCGCCGGGAUUCGUUAAGCAUGUCAAGAAACUCAACUGGGAGCCUCCGCCCAAGUAUCUCAGAGACGUCGAGAAUCUUCGCCGGAAGUUUGCGAGGAAAUGCAACCUGCAGAGCUGCGCCGUGACCAUUGUCGACCUCAAGAUGAAGUGUAUGAACAUUGAGGUGAAGAAAGAGGGUGACUGUUCAGGUAUUAUUGCAACCACUAAUGUUCCCCAACAGCUCUAAUGUUUAUAUAAUUAUACAGAUAGGAAAGUGGUGCUAAAGUACGAAAAUCUGAGGAGUAGGAAGUCUUGGGACAUAUGUAUAGCUAGGUAUUGGCCUCUAGACUAUUGCUAGUGAUUU